CCCUGGGGUCCUCGGGCGGGUGGCGAGGCCUUUCCCCGAUGGCGGCGGCGUGUAGUAGUGAUGGAGGUGCGGCCUUCAUCAGCGCGGCCCGGCACCCCCACCGCAAGCGGAGGAUGCAGACCGGCAACACCGAGCCGCCGCAGCAGCAGCAGCAACCCAGCAGCAAACGGCCCGACUUCCCGCCCGUCGCCGGGCAGCACCUGCUGGAUGGUAAAGAAGAAAUUCGUAAAAUUCCCGUUCCCGCACAUAGAUAUACUCCCCUGAAAGAGAACUGGUUGAAAAUCUUUACCCCUGUUGUUGAACAUUUGCACCUUCAAGUAAGGUUCAACUUGAAAACCAGAAAUGUUGAAAUCAAGACGUGUAAAGAAACACAAGAUAUAGCUUCGCUUACGAAGGCGGCAGACUUUGUAAAGGCAUUUGUUCUUGGAUUCCAAGUGGAGGAUGCCUUGGCAUUAAUUCGACUAGAUGACCUGUUCCUAGAAACCUUCCAUAUUACAGAUGUUAAACCAUUAAAAGGUGAUCAUCUUUCAAGAGCAAUAGGACGCAUUGCUGGCAAAGGUGGUAAAACAAAAUUUACAAUAGAAAAUGUAACCAGAACAAGAAUCGUUCUUGCUGACUCGAAAGUGCACAUUCUGGGCUCCUUUCAGAACAUUAAGAUGGCUCGGACAGCGAUCUGCAACCUUAUUCUAGGAAGCCCUCCGUCGAAGGUUUACGGUAACAUUCGAGCUGUGGCGAGCAGAGCAGCUGAGCGUUUCUGAGCGUGUGGUGAACUUCUGCUUUGAAUUUGCACCUUAUUGGACUGUAGAUGAACCAUACAGAUUUAAUGAUGAAAAAUCCGUUUGGCUGUGCUGCAACCAAAGAACAAGAACUUUUCCUCAAUUACUAUUGCGUGUCUGGACAAUAAACAGCUUCACAUUUAUUACA